AGUCGGUCACAUACCAUUGAAUGCUUGCACAUGCACACCCUUUUAUUCUUGCCACGAUCAAUUGCAGAACCCCUUUCCUUUCUUUUAAAUCAUCUCCCUCAGCAUAAGCACCGAAAUUCUCAGGUUGUUUCUGCCUGGCUCUAUCGUUGGUCAGUUAUGUGUACCAUUCUACAGGAAAUGAAUUACUUAAUGCACGAUAAACUACCCCCUCCACUUCUUGAUCCAGGCAGGAAAUGACUCAACUGGUUGUCUCUUUAAACUUGUUAGCACUAUUCCCCCUUUCUUUCUCAUCUUCUCUUCUU